AUGUACGAAAAAAUAGUAAUUAUAUUACUACUCUCAGGUUAUAUUUCUACUCAAGAUGUCUCUGAAACCACAGCUCAUGAAUUACCAAGUAAGUUACCGACAAAAGCAGAUGGUUUUAUUUCCACAGAGAAACCAUCACUCAGCACUCCUGGUGCAAGACAAGACACUUUGGUUACUAGACACCAACAACUCCCAGACAGGGGACAAAGAGCAAGGCAACAAAUUGACCACACUUUAUCUGAACCAGUGAUAAUAGGGAUUAUUUACGCAGUAAUGCUUGGUAUCAUUAUAACUAUCCUCUCAUUUGCCUUCUGUAUUGGCCAACUGACAAAGAAAAGUUCACUUCCUGUCCAAUUUUCAUCCCCAGAAGACGCAGACUCUGAAGUUUUGUAG